CCGAUGGCAGCGUAAAACGCUCGCAUCGUCGCCGUCGUCGCCGACGACGAGCGAGGGAUACGCUUUUUUUUUGCGGUGCGGGACGCCGACGUAGCUCGCGACCGGGAAGUGCGAAGGGAGUCCUGGUGCGUCGCGCGAGACGAGCAUCGGUAUAUUUGCGCUUGGGCGAGCCGUGCGCGAGACAAGGAGGAGGAGACAGACGAGGAGGGGAGGGAGCGAGACACGCGCAUACGCGCGCACACAUACGUAGACGCACACGCACACGCUGGUGGCGCGUUCACGGAGCGCAAUCUCGCUUGGCUCCGCACAGCUCCGCAGAGACGAAACGGCCGAAGUUCGGAGCGGACGAGACGGACGGGACGGGACGCGCCUCGCCGCCACCGUUUGUCGCUCGUCGCACGUUGUCGGAGUCGAUUCGCCGCUCGGAGAAGAGAGGGAGUCCCUCGCCGCGUCCUCGUUCGCUCCCGCCUGAAUACGUCGGGCACUUUUGGGAUAAUACACAUCUCGGGGUUGUCCGUCGCCGCGUGCUGUUGCUGAUUCUCGAGGACGAGGACCGCGAGUUGACCACCUGCCGGGAAGCAUGGAGAUAUCCAAGGGCUUGCAGAAAGACAUCGCCGCCGUGCAACAAAAAUUGCAGAGCGCGAUAAUGGAGCAUCAGACGUACAGGAAUAGACUGGAAACUGAGCCGAAUAACUCAGAGAUUCGCGGUGAGAUGAAAAGGAUUCAGAUGUACAUUUAUACUUUGGGAAAAUUUCAGAGGAAAUGCGUGCAGCAGCUGCGCAUAGAGGCAGAAACGUUCUUGGCAGACAACGCAAAUGGAUCGAAAGUUUCCAUAGCGGCUCUCUUGGGCCUGAAUAACAAUCAUAUUACGAACAACAACGAGACGCAUGAAACAGCCGCCAAUGAUUUUGAGACAAAACCUUCAAAAGAGGACUAUGAAGAAAUUGUCAGAAAUGGUGAUGUUCAUCAUGUUUCAUCACCGACGCAAGAUAAUGAUUGUGCAAAAUUACCUAGUCCUAGUUCAGUGGAAACUAUUUCCGGUGAAGAUGAUGUCGUUGCGGUAUCGAUGGACGAAAAUUCUGAUGAGAAGCAAGAGGAAGAAAAACAAAAAGAACAGAAAAGUGAAUCAAUGGAAAUAGAAGACUUCCUCGGUUGCCUCGGUCUUAUUACUCAGGCAAGAUGUGUAGAACUCCAGAACAGAAGAGUGGAAAGGAAGCGUCGUAGCACGGCAAAUCCGCAUUUUGUAUAUCCUACCUAUAAUCAACAACCGUCUAAGCGGAGGAAAUUGUAUUCGUACUUUCAAUCGGAAAAUGCCCCUCACACUCGACAGACGACUGCUCGUAUGAACGGUCCAUCGCCACCACCUAAUAAAACUCAACCAGCCAAAUCUACCUCGCCACCAGCACAAACAGUAACCAAGUCGCUGAUUCCAGUUCAAAAAUCCACUACCAGGCCAAAUAUUCUCAGAAAUGCGGACAGUAAAGUUUUUGUGAACAAAAACAAGAUAGAAGACAACCAAAUACGAUCGUCCGUACCUAGUGCCAAAUCUGUUCAGCCGAUAAGCAAUAAGGCUGUUCAUAUUCCUGGAUUACCAUCUAGUUUGACCAUCGAAAGAAUCGAGAAUGAACCUGUUGUGUGUAUCUGUUGUAGAAAUCCAGAUUCAUUAACGGUAUGCAAAAAUUGCUCAAGUAACUAUCACGUCUCGUGUCAUACUCGACCAUUGGUUCCACCCAGAAUCUGUCCAAGAUGUGCGUUAACAAUGGAUGAAGAAGGCGCUGAAAAGGACGAAGACGCAGAAAUUAAAAGGGAAGCGGAAGCAGAAAACAAACUUCCGCGUUCUAGAAAAAAUGAAAAACUCGUUACAACAGCGCAUGCGUCAGGAGCUAUUGGGAAAGCAAGAGAAAACUCAGAAGUCUAUAAAACGGCUGGUGGACUUCAUAAAGUUGAUGCAACUCAGAAAAAGCGCAUCCUCUCCACCGCCCUCGUCAAUCACUUGCCCGCCUCAACCUUCCUCAUCCCAAUCACCUCAAACAGUACCUGUACUUCAAACGUCGAGCAAUCAGAAGGCAGUAAAUUCAUCGAUAUCGAACAACGACAAAACAUCGCAUGUCGUAACUCUUGCAUCAUCGACCCACAUUCACGAUCGAACAUCACCUAUAUCCAAGCGGAGGAGCAAGUGCCACACUCCUACCAACUAUCCGGCACCACUGUCCAGCCAGAAAAACAUCAAUCAUAUCUCAUCAUCAAGAAAAUCCCCGAAUCGACUGGAAGGUCCGAUCAGUCUCUUGGCGGUGAAACCGAAGACGAAAACCGCUCCACAGUUUUCAACUAUCAACCGACCGGUAGCAGCGGUACCCUUCAAACCGGCUUCCACCCCCUCGUCCCCAACACCUUGUUCUACGAUCGUAACAUCCGCAAGAAGCAGAACAAUCGCGCAACUCCCCUCCAUUGUGUCACCGUAUCAAAAUUGUCAAAUUCUCUUAACCCCGUCUCGAACGACUAUCAAUUGGGCCGAACGACCUUCAACGGCAGAAAGUCCUGGACCAAACUUUCAGGCGGCAAACUCUGUAUCAAUCAGUCAACCAGAUCAGAAACCUUAUUGCCUUUCUACGCCGAUGCCGAGAACAGCGGCAAUGAACCAGAAUCAGUCGGACCAGCGGAGGAAGCAGCAGCAACGAAUCUCGACGGUCGUAGCAAACACCGGUCAAGAACCGGCACUUUCAUCCACUCACUGUUCCCAGGCCAUAAUAAGUCCUAUACUAUCACCGAUCGUUCAUGCGAGUUACGAAGCCUCGGCCCAAACGAUCGAGACUAUCCGCUCCUGCGACAGCAGCUCUGCCGUGCGGAACACGAGCUGGAAUUGCGCGAACAGCCAGACAGCAAGCCAGCAGCAGUCCAACUCCAGCGGCGUGCCCUCUCGAGGUUCUUUGAGCACGUGAAAUUGGAAGAAGCGCAUAUAUCAGCGCCACUUGGAACAAAGCUAGCACACAAAGACGAAGUUGGCGACGACGAAAUUGUCCGGGAAGACGCACCCGUCCAACGAUACGAUGACGAUGAUGCCGUUACUGAAACUCCACUGUUGACAUCAUGCGAUGAUUUGGACGAGGAUCGCUUAGUUGUCCGCUUUCCUUGGGUAGAGCACGAUACAAUCUCGGAAAAUUCUCACGACGACAAUGCCGCGGAUAGGUCACCCAUUCAUUCUGCUUCGGAUAUAACUUUAAUAAAGCCUUCCGACGAUUUCUCCGACCAAAUUGAACUUACUUGCGUUAAUACACAAUCGUCACGCGCAAUGGCUUUCCGACAGUCGGUUGAGAAUGAUUAUCCAGCGGCGAGUGUCUUCUCAAUUAACACCUAUCAUGCGAGGCAACAGCAAGACAACGAGGUGAUGGCAGCGACGACGGCGAUGCGUAUCGCACAAAGCAAUCUUUCGGAUCUUCGUAAUGAAGUUUCAGUUCCUGAUGAUAAGGCUGAUACCGAGAGGCAAGACUUACCCAGUGGUAGGCGAUCGAGAAGCAGAAGCGACAGUAGUAGCAGUACCAGUAGCAGCAGUGGCCAUAGCGACACUCCGGAACAAGCGAUGAAUGCGAAUAAUUUCUCGGACGAUUUCGAAAUUCUGGCCAUUGGUAUCGUCUCUCCGCAAGAAAAGAGGGAGAAGUUGAGACGGCAUGAAUCGGCGACGGCGAGCGAAACCGAUCGCAGUGACGCCGCCACUGGCUAGAUAUAAUUAGGCUAAUUACGUUGACAUUAACGUUGUUGAUUGUGUGCUCAUCGUGUCACUACAUCGUGCACACGAUACCUCGACGAUAUGUUUGUAACUUUUCUGAAUCAUAGCAAUUGUGUCAGUAUACAAUCGCGUUGUACCCUAGAGAUAUUUUACAACGAUAUAGUUCAGCAACAUUCUGGAAGUUUUUUUGCGCAAGCGUCAGCUGAUCGCACUGUAUCUCCCACUAUAUCGUGGCCUACGAGACGUAGGGUAAAAAAUGUUACUGCUACAAUUAAUUGUUUUGCCCUUCCAUAGAUCUUUUUAGAAUUCGCUUGAAAUGGUUUUACAUAAUUAAAAUAUUAGAUUGCUCAAGACGAGGCUUUUUUCAUAAAAGUAUUUGUUUUUAUUUCUUUCACGGAAUGCGAUAUAGAAAUCAAUUUAGCUUGCUCUGAUGAUUAUAUUGUUAAUUGAAAAAAAAAAAUGUGAUCGAUAUUUUUAUGAUACAAUGAUGAGUGAUUUGUAACAAGAAAAAAAAUUUGUUUCAUGUACAACCGAUAAACAUAUUAUUUUUAUAUUUUUGUGAUCCUACGAUUAGAAAAACGAACACAUAUCUGAGAUGUCGCGCAAUUACGUCGAGAGGGAUGAUACGAGAGGAAGCCUAACUAUAUUACGUAAAUCAAGUCACAUUACCAUACUGCCUUAAUAGUGAUGUAAAAGUGGUACUUUUUAAAAACCGGUAAUCGGAGAGUUAUACGCAUCCCAAUAAAAAAAUGCGUAUCGCGACACAAUCGAUGAUCGUCGAUCGGAAAAUGAGCGAUCAUGAUGAAACAUACAAUUAAUCAAAUCCUCGUUACCAUAACCGAAAGCAUAGAUAUUAAGGGCAAUCGUCCGUAAGUUAAAAAAAAAAAAAAAGAGACGCGGUAGAACCGAUCGUCCUAUUUCUUACAAAAAUCGUAUCCUUGCCGUGAAGAGAGAAAGAGAGAGAGAGGAAUGUAUGUAUGUAUGUGUAUCCGUAAACGAUUACUACUGUGGUCAAAGCGACCGCAAAAAUUCGAUAUUAAAUGUUACGUUGAUUUUAAUUCGUUUAUAGUUGUUUUCCGCCCGCGGAUAGAGAAUAAAGCUGUGAUUUUCUGCAGCGUCUUACCUGCACGGGGAACCGAAAAGUAAUCGUUUGAAAAAUGCAAUUGCUUCCUCACGAAACAUACGACGAUGACAUUAUUAUGAUUAUUAUUAUUAUAUUGCCUGCAGUUAAGUUAUAACGUCAAUUCAUCUAUUUAUUUCGCGUUAAAAUGUUAAUUUUCGCCGGGCAUCAUCGCUAGCUUGCCCAAUUACAUUUACAUCUAUAACUAAUGUAUAAAAUUAAGGAAAAAGUUGUUAUGCAAUGUAGGCAACGAGAUAUUGAGAUCGAAAUUCGUAUUUUUUAUGGAAUAAAACCACUCAAAAAAACCCA